AGAAGACAACGAAGCGACAAUCUCAAAAGACAGCAGCAGCUUGAACACCUGGCUAGAGACAUGCCAUGAGCGGCCCGAGCUAUGUAGACUACGAUGCAAUUGCUGCUGAUGACUUUGAUCCGUACGCUUAUGCCAACAAGCUUAUACUGGCUACAAACGACAGCGAUGAGACACAGCUUGACUUCACCUCUGCUGAAAACAAGCUCAAAUUUGACCUACAAGAGGUAGAACGUGCUCAGCGGGAAGAGGUAGAGGUCCACUGGGAAGCGCUUCUUGAAAGGACGGAAAAGGCUGCGGCCACAAGUGAGGAUGUUGCCAAGCUGGAAGCCGACCUCCACAAGCUGGAGACCAGCUAUGGCAAGCUCGAGCAGAAAGUAGUAGAGCCAUAUGAAGCUGCCGAACCACUGUACGAUUCGUUGGCCGGUAUGAUGGCUACCAUGGCCCUGCUCAAGAAGCUCACUGGCUACCUCGAGCAGAUGCAAGUCGUUGAUGGCUGUAAAGAAGCGUUCUCCCGCUCAAGUGCGCUUCUCGAGUUACGUAUGCUUGCCAAGGCGACACCAGCACUAGCAGAGCUUGAUCUUGUCAAGGCACUACAGUCAAGACUGAAGGAUAAGACCGCUCAAACGAUUCGUGAGCUAUCAGCCAAUGUUGGAAAUUUCAAGUAUCUCUCCAUGUCGCUGAGUAGCCUGGCGUUACUCGACCAAGCUGAGCUCUUCCAGCUCGUCCAAAACAACAUCAAAGAGAAGCUUGAUCAGUCUGCUCAGGAAGCAAAGAUCGCUUUUCAGGUUUCGCCAUCCAUACGGCGUCUGCAAACGACAGACAAUGUCAAGGCAGUCGAACAAUUUGGUACUGGAUUGGAAACGCUCUUUGCUAGUUUGCUAGAAUCAGCCGGUCAGAUUUCGCAGCUAGAGGCAGCUUUGCCAGCGGCGAGCAGACACCAGUUGCUGGAACAGUCCUUUGAUCACAGUGCCAACCUCGCGCGAUACUUUUGGCGCGAGCUGGCUCACAAGCUUUCCAUUGUCGUUCGCGAAGCAACACGAUCGAAUUUAUGGAUUCUUAGGACUCUGCGAAGCUUGGAUCUUGACGCUAUAGUCGCGAAAGGUGGUCUUGAGCGUGGCACAGUAGAGUUCAGUGUCGUGUGCGGAUCAUUAAAACGGUGAAGGGGAAUUGAGUAUACGAGUAGACUCUAUCAAGA